UCGCCAAAACCUCUCGGAGUUCUCUGAGAGACAAGAAGUCGGAGCUAUGGGGAUCGCCCAGAUCUUCCGCCAAACAAUGGCCCUCGUCUUCGUCGUUGCUGCCACCGGCUUCGCCGCUCUGGUGUUCGCGGAUGGAGACGACGUUGUGGUACUCACUGAAUCCACCUUCGAGAAGGAGGUCGGCCAAGACCGCGGCGCCCUCGUCGAGUUCUACGCCCCCUGGUGUGGCCACUGCAAGAAGCUUGCCCCUGAAUAUGAAAAGCUUGGUGCAAGUUUUAAAAAUGCCAAAUCUGUCAUGAUUGCAAAGGUUGACUGUGAUGAGCACAAAAGUGUGUGCAGCAAGUAUGGAGUUUCAGGUUACCCAACAAUCCAAUGGUUCCCCAAAGGUUCUUUGGAGCCCAAAAAGUAUGAUGGACAGCGCACGCCAGAAGCUCUUGCUGAAUUUGUUAAUACAGAAGGAGGUACCAACGUAAAGCUGGCGACCAUUCCUUCAAGUGUUGUAGUGCUCACGCCUGAGACCUUUGACUCUGUUGUUCUUGAUGAAACAAAAGAUGUUCUUGUUGAGUUUUAUGCUCCAUGGUGUGGCCACUGCAAGCAUCUUGCUCCGAUAUAUGAUAAGUUGGCUUCCGUUUUCAAAUUGGAUGAGGGAGUUGUGAUUGGGAAUGUUGAUGCAGACAAAUAUAAAGGCCUGCGUGAAAAGUAUGGAGUUACUGGUUUUCCUACAUUGAAGUUCUUCCCCAAAGGAAAUAAAGCUGGUGAAGAUUAUGGUGGUGGCAGAGAGUUAGGCGACUUCACCAAAUUCAUCAAUGAGAAGUGUGGUACUAACCGUGAUAUAAAUGGUCAACUCACUUCAGAGGCUGGGCGUAUAGCAAGUUUGGAUGCCCUAGCUAAGGAGUUCCUUAGUGUUGCCAGUGACAAGCAAAAAGAAGUCCUCUCUAGUAUGGAAGAGGAAGUUGCAAAGCUCAGUGGUUCUGCUGCAAAGCAUGGAAAGGUAUAUGUCACAAUUGCAAAAAAGAUCGUGCAGAAAGGCAAUAAUUAUACUAAGAAGGAAACAGAGAGGCUUCACCGUAUGUUGGAGAAGUCCAUCAGCCCUUCAAAGGCAGAUGAAUUUACCAUCAAGAAGAAUGUUCUUUCAACAUUCUCUUCUUAAGGUGCAUUCUCGCAAUCAGGAUAUAGGUGGAAAGAACAAAGAAAGAUUAUGAAUGUCACAAUGAGACUUAGUUUGGUGGUAGAACUAAUUAUGGCGGUUUUCCCUUGAGCACUUAUUAUAUGCCACUGCACGGCUAAGUUCUUCAGUUUCUUGUUACAUGGACUCAGUCAGUAGUGGAAUAGUUACUUUGCCUUUUGCUAGAGAGAUGUUAACAUUGUUAUGACAUUGAACUUAUCGAUGUCAAUGUUGUGAUGGCAUUGGACUUA